AGGGUAUUGGUUUUAUUGAAGAAAGAAUGUUAUAUUUUUCAUACAUAAAUUAUACGAAUAUAUAUACCUGAUAAAUUCGAUAACUUGAAAAGCUAUAAAUAAAAAUUGUGACGGAUUGAAGAACAAGAAAGAGUGUGAUCGAUACGUAGAUUGAAAGAGUAAAGGGAGUUUUAGAACAGUGAAAAAACAAAGGAUAAAACGACUUGCAGGAAAGAUAGUAAUAAAAAUUAUACAUUUAAAUAUAUUUAUUUCCUUUAAUAUAAAUAGUUUGGGUUUUUCUUAUUCAUGAAGUUAACUUUCAGCGAACUGUUAAUAUAUAAUGUAAUCGAUGGGCCAUUCACUGUUGCACUAUUUUUGAUGACAUUUGCUUUUGUGUAUGGCUACAUUUAAUUCAGAAUGUAAUGAUGAUCAUCAAAUAAUUAACUAUUAUUAAUAGUCCUCUAUUUCUUUCUUGUGAACUACUAAUACUUUUUGCAAAAUAGCACCAUCUAUCGUCGCUCCAUGAAACAAUUAGUAUAGAUGAGCUAUACAUUAACAGAUUACUAUUUCACAGUACAAUGACCAGCAUCUUUUUCCUCCUCUUUUUCUUUAAAUUUGUUAAUGGAGGAUUUUACUGUAUUCGUGUUCAAAUCUUCGACACUGGAUAUGGGUUUUUGAACGGAGCUUAUAAUAUAGUCAACGGAGCUGGGUGUCAGUAUGAUAGACCUUAUUAUAAAAUGCCUUCUACUAAUCUUUAUAUAAGUUACCAAUCCAACUCUUGGAGGAUUGGUACAAUAGCAUGUGCCAGUGGAUUAUACAGAAAGGGGCCAAACACCUUAUGGCCCGAUAUAGAAACUGCGUCGGAGAAAUGGGACUCUCGCACGACAGUGACUUGCUUAAAUACUGCAUGGGAGCCUGAUCCUGUAACAACUGUUGCAACAACACCUGAAACAACUGUGAUAUCGUCUACUGUACCUACAACACUACAAACUACAACGAUUCAGCCUACGACCACAACCGUUGAAGAAACAACUACAACUGCACAAGAAACUACUACUACUGCAGAAGAAACUACUACAACUGCACAGGAAACUACUACUACUGCACAGGAAACUACUACUACUGCACAAGAAACUACUACAACUGCACAAGAAACUACUACAACUGCAGAAGAAACUACUACUACUGCAGAAGAAACAACUACAACUGCACAAGAAACCACUACAACUGCACAAGAAACUACUACAACUGCAGAAGAAACUACUACAACUGCACAGGAAACUACUACAACUGCACAAGAAACUACUACUUUAAAAGCGACCACAAUAUCUAUAUAUACAACUACAGUUCAACCAACGACAACUAAAUCAACAACUUACGCGCCGACAACAACUAGUCAACAAACAACAACCACUUUACUACCAACUACUACUCAGUUAACAGCUUCAACGAAACAUUCUACGACAAAAGAAGUAACUACUACUCCUAACGCUUCAACAUCACAAUCAACUAUACAAACAACCCAGAAUAUACAAGCUACAUCUCAAGUUGAUGCUACUGAAACAAAUACCACUCCGGAGCCAGAUAAAAGAACCACUGUAACAUUUGAACAAAGUACUACAACUGAUGAAUAUAAACAAAUCAAUUAUACAAAAGAACCUUUAGAAGCGAGCUGCUCAAUAGUAUCAAUAAAUGAAAUAAAUAUUAACGAAUAUCGAAAUCUUGAGCUUUUCGAAGAAAACGUUGUUCUAAUUCGGAAAUGUCAUUCUGGCUAUGAAUUUGAAGAUCAUACUUUAACAAGGACACACGAAUGUAUUGGCACAAAUGUAUGGCACGAAAUGAACGCAACAUGCCAAAAAAUAGAUUGUUUACGAGAUAAAAAAGAAGUAGACAGUAGAAAAGAAACGAAUAUAGGAUAUAUUCAAAAUUUUCAAACAAGAUGCUCACAUUUUAUUGACUUGACCUGUAAGAAAAUCUGUCCUGCAUUACCGUACUGGCCUUUAACUGUUGUAAAACUAAAUCGAAUAGGAUCGUCGGCAACUUUAAGCUGUAUUGAUGGGUAUCAUUUUGAAAAUGGUGUAGAUAUAAUCCAUCUUAGUUGUGUGGAUGGAUAUUGGGACAUUUCAAAUGUCUCUACUUGCGUAGAAAAUUUGUGCGAAAACGCUCCUAACUUUGAUUUUGCCGUAAAAGUAAACGAUACUAAAAAUGAAUUACUCUCCUCUGUUAAGUAUCAGUGUCUAAACGGAACGCUAACUAACUUUGGAUAUAAAUACUUUUAUAUAAAAUGCUCGCCAAAUGAAGAAUGGCUCUCGGACAAUAUUACAUGCUCAGAUAAUUGUCCCGCCUUAACUGCUCAAAACUUUACAGUUUAUAAUUCAUCUCUAACCACAAAAGAUACUUAUGUUCAAGUAACGUGCUUAUUAGGAUAUUUAACAGUAUUAAAUACUAGUAGUAUAGUUAUUAAGUGUCAAAAUCGAAAUUGGUUUCCCUCCUUAGAGCGGCCGUUUUGCACUAGAAUUAAAUGUCCGUCAAGAAAGUUCGUCGAGUUCUCUAGUCUACUAUGGAUUGAAGAGAAUUAUAAAUACAAUGUAACUUGUAAUGAUGGAUAUUGGAUAAAAAAAGGAAUAACUUCGUUAUCGAUAUCAUGUGACGUCUAUGGAAAGUGGAAAACGGAAUUCGAUGAGAUAAAAUGCUUCAGAGUCGAUUGUGGUUCACCCAAAGUAGUACAAAACAGCAAAUCGUCGUAUCUGUCAACAAACUACAAUUCAAUAGUUUCUUACAAUUGUUUCGACGGAUUUACAUUUAAAGAUACAAACAAUAUCUCAACAUGUUUGAUCAAUGGAAGUUGGUCAUUUAUAGAUAAUUGUGAAAUCAUCAAGUGUCCUCCAAUUCCCGUUUGGGACGGAGUUGUUUGUGAUAAAAAUUCAACAGAUUGGGGUAUCAAGCUAAACUGUUCUUGUCAAGAUGGAUUCAAGUCGAAAAAGAAUUCAUUCUUCUUUUCUACUUGCCGGAGAGAAUGGGAGCCUGAUAUUGAACAGUGUAUAGAAGUAGAAGUUAAAAAAGACGAAAAAACAUUAGAAGCUCCAUCAGCCCAGCAUAUCGGUACUGUGUUUGGUAUUGUAUUAGGCUUUAUAGCAUUGGUCAUUGUUGGUAUGGAUUUACCCCAUUUGUGUAAUUUAUUCCAAAAAAAAGUAAAAACCAAGUCUUUGCCGAAACAUUUAAAACAAUCAAAAAAGAAGAAAUGAAUUUAAUACUAUUUUUUUUAUUUUUUUUAAAAAAAAAACUUUUAGUGAAAAUAACAAAUUAUUACUUCGCCUGUUCAAUUCUAAAAGUUACUUAAUGUUUGAGUAACAUUAUUGAGAAAGAAAUAAGACACAAAUGCACUCUCUAUACAAAUUUACAGUUUUUAUUCAAAUUUAAAAGGGUA